UGAAGAAGAUGAAGAAUGGUUUAUUCAGUGUGGUUUAAGAAAAAGAUCAAUGGAGAUGAAUAAUGGCGGAGAGCUUGGAAGAGAGAUCAUUGCAGCAAGGUUAAGUAAUCGAAUCAUCUCUAUCGGUACGCCUGAGAAUGAAAAUGCUAGCCGGAUUGAUAAGCUUUCAAAUCAUUCAAAUGAAGAUGAAAAGAGUUAUGGGUGGAGGAAGUUCUUGGCUCAUAUUGGUCCUGGUUUUCUUGUGUCAUUGGCUUAUCUUGAUCCUGGAAACUUGGAGACUGAUUUACAAGCUGGAGCUGAUCACAAAUAUGAGCUUUUGUGGGUAAUCCUCAUUGGGCUUGUUUUUGCACUCAUAAUUCAAUCACUAGCAGCAAACCUUGGUGUCACAACAGGAAGGCAUCUGGCUGAGCUAUGCAAAGAGGAAUACCCAAAAAUAGUGAAGCUUUGUUUAUGGCUGCUUGCAGAGGUUGCAGUAAUUGCUGCUGAUAUACCUGAAGUGAUUGGGACAGCCUUUGCUCUGAAUAUUCUAUUUCACAUUCCUGUAUGGACUGGUGUGCUUAUCACUGGAUUGAGUACUCUCUUGCUCUUAGGACUACAGAGAUAUGGGAUUAGAAAACUUGAGCUUUUGAUAUCAAUAUUGGUGUUUGUAAUGGCUGCGUGUUAUUUUGGAGAACUAAGUUAUGUGAAGCCUCCGGCAGUAGAAGUAUUGAAGGGACUCUUCAUCCCUCGUCUCAAGGGCAAUGGUGCUACCGGAGAUGCUAUUGCACUCUUGGGAGCUCUUGUCAUGCCGCACAAUCUUUUCCUCCAUUCAGCUUUGGUUCUGUCAAGAAAAACACCUCCAUCUAGAAGUGGAAUCAAUGCUGCUUGUAGAUACUUCCUAUUGGAGAGUGGGUUUGCUUUGUUUGUUGCAUUGCUAAUAAACGUUGCAGUUGUAGCAGUCUCAGGCACUGUUUGUGCUGCCGAGAAUCUCUCACAAGACAAUGCUGAUAAAUGCUCUAACUUAACCCUUAAUUCUGCUUCUUUUUUGCUCAAGAAUGUGCUUGGAAAAUCAAGCUCAAUCGUUUAUGCAAUUGCUUUGCUUGCUUCUGGUCAGAGCUCCACCAUUACUGGAACUUAUGCCGGCCAGUAUAUCAUGCAGGGAUUUUGGAACAUAAAAAUGAGAAACUGGUUGAGAAACCUAAUGACUCGGUGUAUCGCCAUCACACCAAGUCUCAUCGUUUCCAUAAUCGGAGGCUCUUCUGGUGCCGGAAGACUUAUUAUCAUUGCAUCAAUGAUUCUUUCCUUUGAGUUGCCAUUUGCACUAAUUCCUCUCCUCAAGUUCAGUAGCAGCAAAACUAAAAUGGGACCCCACAAGAACUCAAUCUAUAUAAUUGUGGCUUCAUGGAUCCUAGGGGUGGGAAUAAUAGGGAUCAACAUCUACUACCUAAGCACAGGGUUUGUAGAUUGGCUCAUUCACAACAAGCUUCCAAAGGUGGCAAAUGUGCUCAUAGGACUCAUUGUGUUCCCAAUCAUGGCUAUCUACAUCCUCUCAGUGCUCUACUUGACCGUUAGGAAGGACACUGUGGUGACCUUCAUCAACCCUAAUGAUGUUGAGAUGGAGAAGGGAGUUGGUGCCACUAAUGCUGCUAAUGACGUUGUCCUUGUGCCUUAUAGAGAGGACCUUGCUGAUAUCCCACUUCCACAAUAAAUUCCAAGUCGGUGUAUCUUUUCUUUUUUUGGCAUAUAUAUAAUAUAUACAAACAUCACAUGUAAUGUUCUACCUAAUGUACUUUAUGUCAAUGUUCAAUAAUCAAAAAAGUUAUCUGAUAAUUAUCACCGACACAAUAGCCAAAUUGUAAAAUAUCUAAUUAGAAUUUCGACUCCUCUAGAAUGCAUGG